AUACGCACACAUCUCUCUCUUACCUGUUUUUAUUUUCCUGGAUUUAGUUUUGUUCCUUUUUCUCUUCUGCCUUUGCUUCACAACACACAUACCUAUCUCUCUCUCUCUCUCUCUCUCUCUCUGCGUCUUACUUUGAGCAUGUUUGUUUCUUCAAGAACAUUCAUAACUCAACUUCUCUCUCUUCUCUUCCUUAUAUUCCUCUUCAAAGCUCCUCUUUAACUUCUUUUUUUUUUUUUUCCUCUUUAACUUCAUCCCUAUCACUUUUUUCUUUUCUUCUGAGAUAUAGAGAGAGAAAUUGAGGAAAAUAAUAUCAAAUCUUUCAGACACCCUUUUGACUUCUUUGCUCAAAGAAUCCCUCUUUUAUAUUAGAGAAUAUCAUUUUUAAAUUCAGAAGCAAAACCCUCAAGAGAAAUAAACAAAAGAAAACUCAUCACCCACCCUCAUCAUUCAUCACCAUCAUCAGUAGCAACAACAAUAAUAAGAGGAGGUUUCUUGAAGGUUGUCUUAACUAUUUCCAUGGAAGGAGUUUUUCUAGAGAAACCAAAAUCAAACACUACAACUCUCCCUGAUCUUUCUCUCAACAUCAGUCUUCCAGAUAUUACUUCCAAAGAACAUUAUAGAAGACCAUCCCAAACCGACAACAACAGAUCAUCAAACUUCGAGCUCUCCUUGUCUCAUCACCAUAACCCUAGUUCAAAUCCAACCACAAGAAUCAUCCAUUGUCCUGAUCCAAGAAACCUAAAUCUUCCUCAUCAUCAGCAUUACAACAACCCUAUCCUGAAUGGUGGAAGUCUUCAUCAAAGAGUCAAUGAAUCAGAUAUUAACAAUAUCCACCGUCCGAUUAGAGGCAUCCCAGUCUAUCAGAACCGUUCAUUCCCUUUCCACCAACAAACCUCUUUACCUUCUCUUGGAGGAGGAGGAGACUUGGAUCAAAUCUCAAUAUUAAACUCAUCUUCCGGCUAUAACAACGCUUACCGGUCGUUACAGUCUUCUCCAAGGCUAAGAGGUGUUCCUUUGCAUCAUCAUCAUCAUCAUAAUCAUUAUGGAGUUGUUGGAUCUACGGACUCUUCUUCUCCUCAUCAUCACGGGAUGAUCAGAUCAAGAUUCUUGCCUAAGAUGCCGACAAAACGGAGCAUGAGAGCUCCGAGGAUGCGUUGGACGAGUAGCCUCCACGCGCGGUUUGUUCAUGCCGUUGAGCUUCUAGGCGGCCAUGAAAGAGCAACUCCGAAGUCGGUUCUUGAGCUCAUGGAUGUUAAGGACUUGACUCUAGCUCAUGUAAAGAGCCAUUUGCAGAUGUAUCGAACUGUUAAGACCACUAACAAGCCUGCUGCUUCAUCAGAUGGGUCAGGAGAAGAAGAAAUGGGUAUAAAUGGAAAUGAUGUUCAUCAUCAAUCAUCGACAGAUCAAAAGGCACAAUCUGACGAUACUUCUCCCCAUCAAGAAAUUGACUUUCCUUCCACACAACCUCGUUGGAGUAACUCUUCACGAGAGACAUGGCCAUUAAGUAAUAACUACUCAAGCGACGUAGAUACGAUGAUCAGAACGUCAUCAACAUCGGUGAUCUCUCACCAUCAAAGAUCCAUCCUUCAAAAUCAGGAGCAACAACGAUCGAGCGAUCAAACAAAGAGGUGUGGAGAUCUUAGUUGUAACAAUCCAAGUUUGGAGUUUACAUUAGGAAGACCCGAUUGGCACGAGAAAUGACUUUCUUGAUCCAGUUCGAUUUGAAUAUACUGUUUUUUUCUCUAUAUAUACAUAUAUUUGGAAUAUGUAUGCAGCUAUGUCAUCGUUACAAUGAAUCUCUCAGCUGAAAAGUUGAAGAACUCGUAGAGAGCUAAGCCGCUCAAGAGUGUUGAUUUUUGCAGAUAGAGAAUCAUUACAAAAAAAAGGAAGAAACGUUGGAGAUUCUUCUUCUUCUUCUUCUCAAGUUCCAUUGAUGGUUUGAUUAUAAAGUGAAUGAUCAAUGUAUGAGUUUUUGUUUUGGUUUUCUUGGGUUUCUUUAUAUCUAGAGUUGAUCUGUGGUGUUAUCAUUUAUAUAAUUGGAAGAUCACCAAAAUUUGGUGAAAGUUUUUUAUUUCCCCUCUUGGAAAGCCUCUUGGUGAGGUAGAGGGUUCCUUGUUAUCUUUUGGCUUCUGCAACAUAAAUGUAGAGAGAGACCUGAGUUGAUUUCUUAUGUAUACUAAUCAUUUUUAAGUA